AUGGCUGCUAGCACUAAGCUUGUAGCUCUUGGCUUUGUUGUCCUCGUGAGCAUUGGGUUCACCGAUGCUUCGAGGAUGCUGGCUAGUUCCUCUAGUGCUGGGGGUGGAGGCGGGGGAGGCGGAGGCGGUGGCAGCUCGUCGGGUGGGGUUGGGAGUGGAUGGGGUGAAGGGUCCGGAGGAGGCGGUGGCUUGGGAUAUGGUGGUGAGAGUGGUGGAGAUUCCAAUAAGAAUUACGUUGCCAAAGGAGCAGGUGGAGGAGGAGGAAACGGUGCUGGCGGUGGUUCUCAAGGCGGAGCCGGGUCUGGUUCCGGCUCUGGUGGUGGAAACGGUGUCGGUUUGAGUGGAUCGGCAUCAGCCCCUAGUGGCAAUGGGUACGCCAAUGCUGAUGGUCAGGGUGGGGGCGGUGGUGGAGGUGCUGGUGCAGAUGGGUCAAGCGGGUCUGGAGCCGGAGAUGGUGCCGGCGAAGGAUAUGGUGAGAGUGGCAUAGCAACCGCACCAGCUCCUUCUGCUGGUGGUGCCAGCUACUCUGAUGCCGGAGGUAGUGGUACUGGUGGUGGUGGCGGUGAUGGAGGAAAUGGAGGUGGUAAUGGCGCUGGAGGUGGACAGGCGACCAGCGAUGACACUUCCAGAGGCAAUGCCAGUAGAGGGGGUAGCGGCAACGGUGGUGGCCAAGGUGGAGGUGUAGCUCAAGGUCCAAGCAUGGGAGUUGGUUCUGGUUCUGGCUUUGGGGGCGGGCAUACUGGUAGCACUGGCUCCUUUGGUCAAGGUUAUGCCACCGGAUUCGGUGGUGGAAAGGGUGGGGGCACGGGCGGCAGCUACAACGGUGGGUCUGGCAAUGGUGGAGGCUGUUGGGGAACGUAG